CUGCCACAACCCUCCACCAAUCCUCGUCUGGAAACACGAGCAUCAUGAGACUCCUCAGCACGGACAUCAACCUCCUGUCGACCGGCGUCGCGCUGCUGGUGUGGGCAACGGCUGCCGCUGCUCAGUCGACGUGCCCCCUGCCUUCCACCUUUCGCUGGGCAUCGACGGGCCCGCUGGCAACUCCAAGGUCUGGAUGGGUGUCGCUGAAAGACUUCACCGUCGUCCCGUACAACGGCCAGCAUCUGGUCUACGCGACUACCCACGACACUGGAACGACCUGGGGCUCCAUGAACUUUGGCCUGUUCAGCAACUGGACCAACAUGGCGACAGCUAGCCAGAACAAGAUGAACUCGGCCACGGUUGCGCCCACCCUGUUCUUCUUCCGACCUAAGAAUAUCUGGGUACUCGCAUACCAGUGGGGCCCGACCGCCUUCUCGUACAAGACAUCUAGCGAUCCCACCAACGCGAAUGGCUGGGGCGCGACGCAGACCCUCUUCUCGGGAAGCAUCUCAGGCUCAAGCACCGGUCCCAUCGACCAGACCCUCAUCGGUGACGACACGACCAUGUAUCUCUUCUUCGCCGGAGACAACGGCAAGAUCUACCGGGCUAGCAUGCCCAUCGACCGAUUUCCCGGCAGCUUCGGCAGCUCCUCGACCGUUAUCAUGAGCGACAGCACCAACAAUCUGUUCGAAGCCGUCCAGGUCUAUAAGCUGCAGGGCCUGAACAAGUAUCUGAUGAUGGUCGAGGCCAUUGGCAGCAACGGGCGCUACUUCCGCGCCUUCACGGCCGACAGGCUGGACGGCCAGUGGACGCCCCUGACCGGAGCUGUCACCGAGAGCAGCCCGUUCGCCGGCAAGGCAAACACUGGUGUCACCUGGACCAACGAUGUCAGCCACGGCGAGCUGAUACGCGUGAACCCCGACCAGACCAUGACGGUGGACCCGUGCAAUCUGCAGCUGCUGUAUCAGGGGCGGGCGCCCAACUCGGGGGGUGACUAUGGGCAGUGGCCUUACCGGCCGGCUUUGUUGACGCUGAGGCGUUGAUGCGGGGCAGUAUUCCUGACUGGCCAUGGUCAUUCUGGGAGAAGACAUGAGGGCUGUGGCGAGGGGCCUGGGACUGAUUUCGCCUUGUAACGGUACUAGACAAAGUACGUGAGUAGC